AUCACCCAGAGGGCGGAGCUCCUGUGGUAUACUGUAGGUACACACAGCCCAGCGCCUAUCAGUCCGGUUCGCUAGGGUCUCCGACUGCCCAGCCAUUGCCCUUUUAUAUGUCUAGCUUUUUGAAGCUAAGUCGGUUUGACUUGCUGCACUGACCGCACAACAACACCUCCUCUUCCUUUUCUUGCCCUCGAUCGUCUGCGCGUUGCGCAUCCCUCUCUGUCAUUCCCGCCCGCCAACAUCACUCUAGUUCUUAUGGGGCGAUCUCGCCAGCCCUCCCUGUGAGUACGGAUAAACGGGUACCUAUCUUGUUGGUAGGGUAAAUUUGCAAAACACGUCAACGACAGGUUGAGAGAAAGUGGACUUUUUCGGUACAGUAUGUCUCCACGGACCUUGGUACCCAGACCUGCCAACCUUUCAGGUAGGUACCAGAUGGCAGGUUGAGUCGCGUUUAUCAGGGGGACGUAUAUGUCUCCUAAAGGUUGGUUAUAAGCUGUCCCUACCUUCAAAGCUCCUUGUUUUGUCCUCGCCUCCCCUUUGCAAAGGUUUGGUCCCUGGGAAUUCUUCCACCACCAGCCCAUUUUCAGUUCGAAACAGCAACAUCACACAACUAAAGUCACACCAUGGACAAGGCCGACUUUGGUUCACAACAGUCGCAAGGCUUUCGAUUACGGAGGAAGGCAUACCUGGCUCUGUUCCUCGCCGUGGUCGCCCUCUUGCUCUUCAACACCCGCAGCCAUCUCCCCGACAGCAUCCAACAACAUGCCGACAUGAUCCCUUCCUCCCCUAUAUCCGUGAGUCUCAACAAUGAGAUCCCCAACUACGUGCACUACGUGCAACUGCAAAAGAACGAAGCGGCCAAGUUCCAUUUCGAAUUCAAGCAUUUCCUGUCUGUGUACUCGUCCGUCGUCUACCUCAAGCCCAAGACCAUCUUCCUGCACACGGAUUUCUCGGAGGAGGCGAUCGACAAGGUCAUGCUGAGCGACGACCCCAAAGACAAAUGGACCAGGCGGAUACUGAGCCUCAAGUCGGUCAAGGUGCGACACGUGCGCUCCCCGACCGUGGCCGCCGGCAACGGCAAGAAGAUCCAAGAGAUCCAGCACAAGUCGGAUUUCGUGCGCAUGGACGCCGUUUACGAGUUCGGCGGGCUUUACAUGGACUUUGACGUCCUUCCCCUCCGUGACAUCACCCCCCUGCGGAGGUCCGGCUUCAAGAACAUCGUGGGCCGCGAGCACGGGGGUGCCGUCAACAACGGCUGCUGGUUGUCGGCGCCCAAGACGGCCAUGGUCGACAUCUUCCGGUCCGAGGCCAACGAGAUCUUCGACGGCGGCUGGACCACGCACAGCUGCAAGCUCCUGACCCGGGUGGCGGAGCGACUCGUGCGCACCCCGUCCGAGGUCCUGAUCAUGGACAUGCUGGCCUUCGCCCCGUCCAGCUGGGUCGACAGGGACGUCGAGAAGCUGUGGUCCAUCCACAACGAGAGCACCAUCUUCCCCGACGACGACAUCGACUUCACCAUCCAGGACCCGUACCUGCGCUGGAGCCGACGGAACAAGGUCGCCGAAUGGGAGAACGACUGGUCGGCGUCGUACUUCCUCCACUCCUUUGACCGCCAUGGCAAGAUCCCCGCCGAGUUCAAACACGGGGUCCACGUCGAGGAAGUCAUGUACCCGAGAAGCAACUUUGGCCUUCUCACGUACCCCGUCGUCAAGCACGCGAUGAAGCAUGGUUACGUCUUUGAAGAGGACGCCGAGGAGGGCGGCGCGCUAUAAGCUCAGCCUGAAGCUGCCUCUCCGUUUGGAUUUUACCCUCAAGCCAAGUACGCUUAUCCUUCCAGUCUUGUCGUCCCUCUGAACAUAUCGUGGGCUUCACGGAGACUUGACUCUGGUUUUCAUGGGCAAUGGCCCUUUUCUGAGAUUGGGAGAGAAAGAACAUCCUCAAGAAAAACGAUGGGAGGUUGCACUUUUGAUGCGUGCAUGCAGUUUGACGGAUUCCUACUACAGUUAUUUUGGUUCCAUGCGUCGGGGCAAUUGCAUCACCAGUCUCACAUGCGCGUGAGCAUCGACACAGGCGUUUUACGGCGAAGAAAAGGCUUUCGCCAUGGGGGGGGUUUUUUUGGUUCCAUUUGAAUAUCGGAUUCAGCUGUAUAUAUCUAUGCCACUAGUACCCAAGUUAGCACCAAGGAGUCUAUUCUUCUGGGGAUCUCUGGUUGAGCUGCUGUAGUUAGCGAACAUCACUAGAAUUUUCAAAGAGAGAAACGCGAAAUUAAAAAAC